AUGGAUAGCAACCAAGACCAAGACUGUACGUCUGGUCAAUCUGAACUACCACUUCCCCUACCCCCUGGAUUUAAAAGUAUUCGAGAAAUCAAGGAUAUGCCAAAUGAUCAGGUCAAGAAGGGCACUUUUGUGGGUGUUAUUGGCUUUCUUAAAGACUACCAAUCGCCCAUUCAAACCAGGGGUACAGACUACAAAUGCACGUUGGAAAUAAUAGACCUCUCUGUCAAGUUUGAAGCAUUUGGAAUGAAGAUUAACAUUUUCUGGCCCUUGAAACACUUGCCCAGCAUAUUUGGUCCGUCUGACGUAGUUCUAGUUCGCAAUGCUAAAGUUCAAAUGUACGGUGGGGCCAUAACGCUUCUAGCUAACAAAGUUUCGGAAUUUCACAUCCUCCAACAUUCGAGGGUGCCACGUGACCUCUCCCUGGCUCUGGAUGCCCCUUGGUCAUCAGCAUCACCGUCGAAAACUAAGCGUCCUAACGUUACGGAGACAAAAUAUGUCAUAUCGGCGAAUAAGCAUGUCGGUGACCUAGAUCUACCUUCUGAUACCGAAUUCCAAGUGAAGGCCGCUCAAGCAUCGACCGUGAAAGACAAAUUCAGCCUCAUGAAAGAUUUGAAACCGGACUGCUUCUACAACAUCUUGGGCGAGGUCAUAAAAGUCUAUGACAAUAACUCGGAAAGGAUAACAGUCUACAUGUCAGACUAUACACCCAAUAAUAAGUUCUAUAAUUACGCUUGGGGCGAAAAUCCACCACCCAACGACCGCGAUGAAGACGAGUAUAGGUAUGUCAAGCGGAAGCCCCGCUCCGAAACUGAUCAGGCAUGGCCAGGCCCUUACGGCAAGCUAUCUAUUCAACUCACAGUGUUCGAUGAGAAUGCCGAGUUUUUCCGGGAGAAAGUUAAGGAAAACCACUGGGUUUUGCUUCGCAACGUGCAAAUUAAAGAUACCAGUGGUUAUCUUGAAGGCAAGCUACGUGGAGACCGCGACCGCUUCGAAGGCAAGGUUCAGGUGGAGGUUAUCAAAUGGUCAGCAGAGGAUGAGCAGAAUGAUCCUAGAUGGGAAGAAGCAGUGGCUCGUAAACAUGCGUGGUGGCAAAAAUUCAAAACGCAGAAGAAGGCGAUCCUUAGUGAAGAUGCAUCGGGGGAUAAACGGAAAGCGCCAGGUGGUGAUGCAAUGAAUUCGAAGAAACGCCGGAAGGAAAGGCGGGCAGCGGCAGAGCAGAAAGCAGCAGCAAUUGAUGCAAGGCUUGGGAAGAAGUUAGGGCUGAAUGAAAACAUAACAUGCGCUCAUCCGGACCAACCAAUUGUAUCGUUUGCUGAGAUUUUGAAGCCUCGAAAACUUAUGAUAGGUGAUAAUGGCCGAGAAUACGCCUCUCCAUUUACAAUCUGCAACUAUAAAGCUAAUGUCCGAGUCGUCGAUUAUUUUCCGGAUAACCUCGAGGACUUUACUGUAGGGCACCGUGCUUCCGAGUAUGACAUCCUAUCAGACUACAGCGGCGGCGAGGAUACAGAUCUUGAGGAAGAACGGCGCAUCUUCAAAAGUGGGAGAGGGUUCGCUAAGAAUGCUUGGGAAUGGAGGUUUGCUUUGCAGGUGGAGGAUGCUAGUAUAACACACUGCAAGGAUCGAAUAUGGCUAAUAGUCGAUAAUUUCUCUGCGCAAUAUCUGCUAGGUUUAGAUGAAGAUGCCACUAGUCUUCGAGGAGACCGACAACUUCUAAACGCUCUCCGGGAGCAGCUUUUCAAAUUAUGGGGUGACCUAGAGGAACAGAAGUCUGCGAAGCUCCAAUUAGCGAAGAAGGCAGAUCUGCCCCCAUCAUCUUUCCAAAGUUCAACCUCAGAAUCAUUACGAAGACCCAGGGCGGGUGACCAGCCAGAUGCAGACGACAGCGACGCUGAAGAUGAACUGCCCCACGAAAUAAUUCUUCCCAAGUCGAAUCAAAAUGACGAGUCAGAACUUGUCCCGAGGAAUAAGCCGUUUACUUGUUGUAUCAGACAAUAUGGUGUUAAAGUGCCCGAGGACGAUCCAUCGAAAGCCAACGCUGGAGAAGGUCGGAGAUGGGAGCGAAUGUUUGGUCUUUUUGACACACAUAUCAACUGA